UAUAAAAGCCCCGAUAGGGAAGAUGUAAAGUAUCAGUUGUUCUACAAAUCAACCGAAUUCAACAUGAAGCUGUUUGUUAUCGCCGCUGUCUUGGCCGUCGCUGCCGCUGCUCCUUCCAGCUACAAGCCGGAAUACAAAGCCCCAGCCUACGCUGCCCCAAGCUACUCUGCCCCAAGCUACUCUGCCCCAAGCUACUCUUCUCCGGCUUACGCUGCUCCGGCUUACGCUGCCCCGGCCUACGCUGCCCCGGCCUACGCCAAGGAUAACAAAUACGCAGGCAUCACCGUCACCAGCCAAUCUGAUGAGCGCAAUCUCGACGGCAGCAGCCAGUGGAGCUACGCCCAGUCUGACUACACGACCCGCGAGGAAUCGCAGGUGCAAAAGAAGCUCCAAGGCGUCGCCUACGACUCUUACGGCAAAGCAACUUACGAGGAUGUGAUGGGUAACACCAACAAGGGAUCUUCUUACUGGGUUUCCCCCGAAGGCGAGAAAUUCACUUUGACCUGGGUCGCUGAUGAGCAGGGAUUCAAACCCAAGGGCAACCACUUGCCCGUCGCUCCCGUUCACGUCUACGAACUCCCCGUCGCUCCCGUCCAUGAAUACGAACUCCCAGUUGCUCCCGCUCUCCCCUACAAACGCACCGGACUCGGUUAUUCCGGCACCAGUUAUUACUAAAUUAUUAAAUUAUUAGACCAAUGGAUGCAUAAAUGAUGUCAUAUUUGAUGUUGUCUUCGCGUUAAUGUUGAGUGUGAUUGUAUAAAAAAUAUAAACCAUCAAAGAUUAAA